AUGUUCACCGCGACCGUCGCGACGCCCGCCGUCGCGCCCCUCGCGCGCGCGGCGUCCGCGUCCAACGCGCGCGGCGCGAACGCGACCGCGACCGCGCCGCCGCGCAUUCUUCGCGCGGCCGCCGCCCUCAAAUCCUCCUCCUCCGCCGAAAACCGCGGCGCGUCGCUCGCGACGCGCGGCACGCGCAGAGAGAUGGAGGAGCUCGCCGGCCUCGGCGGCGACUUCGGCGCGCGCGACGCGACCGCGGGGGAGCUCGAGUCCAACUUCAACGCCAAGUCCAUAGGCGAGGCGGACACGGAGCACAUGCUGCAGAUCCCGCGCAAGGUUGAGGAGUUCACCGCGCUGCACCUUCGCGCGUGCGUCGCCGUGGAGGCGGGCGAGCCGCCGAUCGAGGAGACGCAGAAGCUCGUGUACCAGAAGCAGGUCGCGGACUGGAAGAUACGGAUCGUGGAUGCGCACGAGGUGUUGAGGAGGGAGUUCGCGACCGGCGGGGACAAGGCGAAGGCGGCGGAGGUGGUAACGCGUCUCGAGGCUGUCGCUGAGGAGGAGGCGCAGACGAUCGCGAGUUUCGUGGAGGGGCCGGGUGUCAGGAUCGAGCUGCACACCGCGGCGGUGAACGGCCUGCACGCGAACGAUUUCGUCCUCGCGGCGAAGCUGGACAAGGUCGACCUCGGCGACGUCACGGUGAAGAAGAAGCCCAACGUGUUCCUCGUGUGACGGACGGUCGACGGAUUCAUUCGCGCGACGUCGGAGCGGAGGAGGGACGCGGACGGCCGCCGAAAAAGUCUACGGAAGUGACGAAGUACAUUUUUACGCUCAACGCA